GAUUUCUGUCGCGUGUGCAGUGGAGACGCAAGCCGCCAUCCGGUAAUACUAUCACAUCACAUCACCACAUCUGUUGGUACAGCAUCACAAAUACCAACAUCAUCCCUACACUUCCGCAUCUGCUGUCAGAUGUAGUGAACCGGACUGUUUCUCUGCAUGCAGCGGAACAAUAAGACACAUUUUUCGGCCUGCGUGAACUGCGGACACCUGAGACGCGCACGCCAAAGAAGAGGAAGAUGAAGUUGAUUUCCAGUGUUAUAGAAAUUUUAGAGUGAGAUUGGACUGCAGAAGUGUGGAUUUGACUGGGAAAUUAUGGCUGCAACCACACCCACAUCAGCCCCGCCUCCCAAAAAGAGCAGAGGGAAACAGGAGAUAGAGACAGCCAACGAAGAGCUGAAGAGCCGACUGAGUGAUGUACAGAAUGAACUGCAACAGGAAAGAGGAAAGGUGGGCAAAUUACGGGAGCGACUGCAAGAACUACGGGGGCAGCGUGAAACAGAGCAGCACAAGCACUCAGUAGCUCUCACUGAACUUCGCGUCAAACUCCAUGAGGAGAAGCAGCGGGAGGUGGCGUCCGCACGAGAGACCCUAUCCCGGCAACAUGAGGCAGAGAUGGCUCGGACGGCCCGCCUUCGAGAGACCGAGCUGGGCCGUUUGCAAGCGCUGGUGUGUGUUUUACGGGAUGGAGCCAGCAGCGAACUACGGAACGCCCUCAAGGAAGAUGCCAGAGAGGAGGCCCGCAAGAGCUACGAGGCGGAGAAACUACGGCUUACGCAGGAGCUGCAGGAGGCAAAGACGUCACGACGACAGGCGGAGGAGGCCCUGGCCAAUGCCGUGCAGGCAGACAGGGCCAAAGCAGCCGAUCUCAGAGUGGCCCAUCAGGCUCAUCAGGAGGAGAUACAGAGAAUCAAACGAGAAAGUGAGAGGGAAAUCCGGAGACUGAUGGAGGAGUUGAGGAGCAGAGAUCGUGUGGUGCAGUCACUGGAGAGAGAGCUUGGUGUGCAGGCGGGUCAGACUAAGCGUCUCCUGCUACAGAGAGAGGAAUCGGAACGGCAUCAUGGGAGUCCAAAGAGAGAGAUGGCACCUGCCCUGGGGGAGAACACAGACUCUCCUGUUAACCAGGAAGUGGAUGAGAGGGACGUUCGUAGGUUUCAGCUGAAGAUCGCAGAGCUGCAGGCUGUUAUCAGGAAACUAGAGGACAGAAACACAUUGCUAUCAGAUGAGAGGAAUGAAUUGCUGAAAAGGGUGCGCGAGACGGAUGGAGAAAUAAAGCCACUCAUGGAAAAAUAUAAACGGUUGCAUAAAAAGAAUGAAGAGCUCCAGCAGACACUACAACACAUGGAGGACAAGCUGAAGACGCUCAGCAGAGAGAACGCAGAACUGAAGGAGAAUUCACAGAAGAACUCACAGCAGAGCCCCCAGCCAGGCUUGUUGAAGAGACACACCUCUCUGACAGACCUGAGUCACGCUCAUGAACAACAGGAAGUUGAGUAUCUCCACCUGCAAAUCAACGAGCAGCGCGGUGUUAUUGAGGAGCUAACGCAGGAGCGAGACAGACUGGUGAUUAGCAAAAAGAACAGGAGAAGAAACAUGAAAUUGCCCAAGAGGCAUGUUGUGGAGACAUAUUUUGGAUUUGAUGAGGAAUCGGUCGAUUCUGAAACAUCGUCUCUGACAUCAUGUAACACUGACCGCACAGAUCACACCCCCGUCACCCCAGAAGAGGAACUUGAGGAUGGCUUUUCCCGGGAGGAGGCCGAGCUGCGUUUUCGUCAGCUGACACGAGAGUACCAGGCACUGCAGCGAGCAUAUGCCCUUCUGCAGGAAACCACUGGGCCCCUGGACCCUGAGAGACACUCUAGGACACGGGAGCAGCUGCAGACGGAGCUGAUUGGCUGCCAGGCACGGAUUGCUGACCUGGAGCGGAGCUUGGCAGAGAAGGGGCAGGACUCCAAAUGGGCAGAGGAAAAACAAAAUCUCAUCAGGAUGAACCAGGAGCUCAGAGAAAAGAUAGCGUCGCUGGAGCAGUGUGAAAUGAGAUUACGCUCGGAGGUUCGAGAUACCCUGGAUCAAAAUGAACUACUUGAAUUCCGCAUUCUUGAGCUGGAAGAAAGAGAACGUCGAUCUCCUGCCUUUAACCUGCAAAUCUCUGCCUCUGAAAACAACAGUAGCCUACAGCUACACUGCCAACAGGAGGGUGUCAAGGACGUCAUCAUUCCUGACCUUAUGAAAAAGCUUGACAUUCUUGGUGAUAAUGGGAACUUGCGUAAUGAGGAGCAGGUCACAGUAAUUCAAGCAGGCACUGUGCUGUCUUUAUGUGAAAAGUGGUUGAAGCAAAUUGACAACACUGAAGCUGCUCUAACACAGAAAAUGAUUGACCUGGAAAAUGAGAAGGAGCUGUUCAGUAAACAGAAGGGUUUUUUGGAGGAGGAACUGGACUAUAGGAAACAAGCUCUCGAUCAUGCCCAACUGAGGGUGCAGGAGUUAGAGGCUACAUUAUAUGUUGCUCUACAGCAGGAUCCAGACAGUUGUCUGGGGGAGAGUUUGAGUGACAGACAGAGAGAAAAGCUGGCGGAGUCAAUGGAAGCCGUGCGGAGACAGAUCCUAAGACAGAGUCGCCAUGCUGACACUCUUAUCUUACAACAGCGGAUGGAGCUCCUUCAAUCUGCGAAACAGAGAAUCAGAGAGCUUGAGGACAAGAUUGACAUGCAAAGACGACAUAUCAAAGAGAUUGAAGAAAAGUUUUUGUUCCUUUUUUUGUUUUUCUCCUUAGCUUUUAUUCUCUGGCCUUAACCCCCCCUCCCAACAUACACACCAAACACACACUACACUUGUCUCUCUGUUUCUGUCUCUCUCACUCUCUCACACACACACACACACGCACGCACGCACGCACGCACGCACACACAGACACACACACACACACACGCGCGCGCACACACACAGGUGCAGUAUCUGAAUGGAUGAUACACACUCAACUUGCCAAUAGAAAUCUUUUGGUCAGGCAAACAUUCCUCUGUUUGUUAUAUAUAAUGUUUUUUCAGAUUUUAUGAUGCGUUUCCAAAGAGAAUCAUUUGUAUCCCAAAAGGCCCAGUUGAAGCUGCUUAAUUUUAUUUUGUCCAACUGAAAAAUGUGUGAACUAAUACAAAAUGUGUACUCUAAAUAUUUGUUACAAUGAGUAUUUAAAAAACACCUCAACACUUGUCAAACUGCUUUUAGUUUCAAUAAAUAAAGUUGUAUUUUUUUCAUAUGGGCUAAUGAUGACUUUAUUAACAAUAUGGUAUUUUAGAGAGGAAAAAAGGAAAACAUUGCUCAAAAAAGACUAUGUUAAUUUAAGUUAAUAAGAUUACAUUGUGUUUGUUAAAUAAAAUUUAAGUGAUCCAAAGUGAACUGGAGUUUUUAGGAUAUUUUGAUUGAAGUUUUCGGUAUUAGUCUUAGCCAGCAGGUGUCCGUAAAGAAUAAAGAAAUGGGCAAAAACAGGAGUGUGUGUGCCAUGGUUCUGACCAGAGUUCAUCUCAAUGUAGUACAGCUGCUAAUUUAGACCCAUAGCAAAGACUGACCGAGCUUUAAAAAGAAGACUACUGUGAAAAGCAUGAAU